AUGGUCCGUGUCCGGCUUGGGCUUGUGCUCGUGCUCGUGCUUACACCCUGGGCAACCGUCGUCUGGCCAGUGCUUGUCGCGGAAGCCGGAAACGACGUGCUGCUGCUACUGCUCUGGGAGGCUGGCGCACGUGUGCUUGAUGAGCUUGAGCUGGCGGGCGGAAUAGAUUGUAGACUGUUGAAGGGAACAGCUGAGCUCGUGACCGACGAGGCCGAUGCCGAAGUUGAUGCAGCGGAGAAUGGAGAGCUGUUCGACGUUGCCAACGCUGGAUCGUUGCUCGUUGGCGAGGCGGAUGCGCUGCCGACAAGGCUUUCCGACCAUGAGCUCCAUGCGUUCGACAGCGCCCACGACCGUUGUUUUGCGUUCAAGGUCGUCGUCGCCGUGGUCGUGCAAAGGACUCUGUCCGCGCCGCUCGUGGACGUCCGAAGUCGCGUGUACACAAGCUCUUGUAUUUGGCCAUCAUUGAUCUGGAUCACAGGUCCGGUGGGUACGCCAUCUGGUCCAUUGCUUAUGGUCGUCAGAAAGGUAGUUGGCUCAAGGUCCGGGAAUGUCGGACUUGCUGGACCAGGUCCGAGUCCAGUAACCUGCAAAUUGUUAGCAGUCGAUGACGUGCUGCUAUUUUGGUAA